AUGGCGUUUGUAGAUUUACAAGUUCUAGCAGAGUUGAAAGAACUUGAAAGGGCGAUUGUCGAGACUGGAUUGAAUAAUACAGGGAUCAGUAAAGAACUUAUGCAUGAUGGUAAUAUUACUCCCGUAUCUCAAGAGGAUAGUAAUAAAUUGACCAAUGAAAUGGAAAUAAACGUUCUUCACCAUCAGACUACUAUUAAUGGUAGCACUGCGAUCGAUACUAUUACUGCAAAUAAUAAUAGUAGUGAUACAGCAAUAUCUCUCCUUAUUGAACCGCCUACGCCUACAUCGGAUACUAUGCUUUCUACAUCAUCAUUCAUGACGAGAAUUUCGUCGCCAUUAAAACAAAGUUAUAUUCCCGAAGUAAUUCUUGAAGAAUCCGACGAUGAAGAAUUACAAAAUUCUAAUGACGAAGAAUUGCUGAAUAAUAAAAAGUCAUCAGAGACACGAGAACUGAAAAAUAAAAUUUCAUUUGAUGAUGAUUUUAUAAAUCAACAAAUCGACAAACUACAAAAUCAACUCAAAUUAUCAUCAGCGGUCCCUUCAGACUCUGUCCAAAUAGAACUUGCUUCACCUGAAUUAUUAUCCACGAAUGAUCAAUUACAUAAAGAAAAUGUUGUGGUAGAGAGUGAAGAUUCACUACAACCUGGUUUAAACGAAUCUCCUCCCGAACCUCCAAAUACAGAACCGCAAAAAAGUCCUCUUGAUCCUGUUGAUCGCCUAAAGGAAAUAUUGCUUCUCCAAAAUUCUACGUCUAAUAGUUUAGAUCUACCCAAUUUAAACGUGCAACAGUUCACCACACCACCGAUAGCACUUGAAGAAUCGAAUUCGAAUAAAAACUUUAGCAAACUUGAACAAAUCAACGAGAAAGAUGAAUCAUCUUUAUCAGAGCUAUCUACCACGUUCUUGGGCGUUCCACUUUCCACAGAUAUUAAUAAUACUGAUAUUCCUCUUUCAAAAAUAUUUGAAGAUCCCGUUCCUUCUUCAAAUCUCGAAGAAAACAAGGGUGAUACUUUUGCAAUGCCAGAUCUUAUCAAUGAACUUUCUUUGAUUCAAAAUUCGGUGGAUGGUCUUUCAAUAACAGAUACAUCCCUUGAUGAACAUCUUAACGAAUCAAAGUCUAUUGAUCAAUCGACACUCUCACAAAACUCAGAGAUUGAUCAGAAAUCGUUCGAUAAUACAUCUUCGACAGAUAGUGCCAACUCUUCGAAGCAGAAUUUGGAUGAAUUAUCAUCUUUAAGCGUGGACUCAAAGUCAUUAUCUGUGAAUGCAGAAUCUAUAAAAAAUAGAAAAGUACCUGUAGCAUUGGAUAUGAGCGAUAUCAAAAAUAUGAAAAUUCGGAAGCAUCGGAUAAACGCAUACGUUCAGAAAACAUUGUCGCUGAAUCAAGAAAAAACAGGACUGGCAUUAUGGUUAUGUCUAAACAUCAAAAAUGAUCCUUCACCAUUAUAUGACAGUUUGAAAUCCAAUCGAAAUAGAUCAUCGAAUUCACUCUCACGGAAAUCGUCAAAAUCUACAACAUCAUCGGCACCAUCUUCCACUCCUACCGCAAAAGUUUAUUCAAAUCCAAAGGCUUCGUUAAGUUCUCUAAGUCAAAUUACCACAAAUUCUAUAUCUUUAGACAAUACGCCAUUCGUUACACCCACCUCUUCACUCACCACCAGUUCUUCAAAGUCUUCUAAAUCGUCUAAAUCGUCUCGAACUUCACUUAACAUAUCAAUUCAAACAUCAUCGUUGCGUCUUCGACCUAAUUCCCCGCCUUCAUCACCAAGAGGAAAGGCCUCUCCAUUCCUCUCGCUUUCCGCCUUAAAUCGUCGUGGAAGUUUCAGUAAAGUCACUCGUCCUAUAACAUUUAUGCCACCCUCGAUUACAAACGGACCGUUAUCCAACAGCUCGUCGGUUUCUUUGCAAUCAAUCCCGAAAUCACCGCAAUCUACAUCACCAACAACGCCGCCGAAAAAACAACGAAGAUUUAGUUUCCAAUCCGUAUCGUCGCGUUUUAAUUUCAGCUCGUUGAAUUCAUCGUCAUCCUCUUUUACCACUACCAUUGAGGAAUCAAAUGAUGCUUCGGCGGUUGAAGUAGACGAUAAUGCACUUGAUAAAUUAUGUGACGUUUUACCUAAUGCGGAUCGAGAUAUCUUGCAUAAGUAUUUGCAGAAAGCUGGAGGGAAGGAUGAUUUAAUGGCGGUCGGAUUGUACAUGAAGGAUUACAAAAACGGUGAAAUUGGCAAAUAUUAA